CUCGAUUUUGAACAAUGAGCCAUGGCGGAGAUCUUCUGGUAUACAUGCAAUUGGCGCAUUUCCACUAUUUUUGAAGGGGGCUUUUCUUAACACUUCAGUUUCUUACAAUGAACCACAACCAAGAUCCCGCAACAUGUAUAUCCAUCAUACAACUUCCUGAGCAUCUCCAGUACAUACGACGGAGUUCUCAUAGCGGGAUGACAUGGCUCGUGUAUAUAAGACAACCAACUCCUCAUCGAUGAGGUGAGUGAUCCGACAUCAACCCCUCAGUCAGUCAGUGGAUGCAAAAGAUUGAUUCUUCAUAUCAAGCUGACACCCAAUCCGAAGCCUAGUUGCAAGAAAGGUGAGUCUGCAGAAUGCCGACCCCUCCCAACACCCCAUUUGUCCUCCAAUGGCCGGGAUCUUUGCUCCCACCAGAGGACGUAGACUCCUCGGAUGAAGACGAUAUACUCUCUUCCGACUCCGAUUCAGAGGCUGACACUGAUUCAGAACCCUCCAAUGAUGAGGGUAACUGGCCCGAAUGCGGUUCCGACCUCCUGAACCCGUUCGACGGGAUUGUAGACACGCUCUGCUAUAAGAGUGACGUAACUGUGGUCAUCCACAAUGGCAGAUGGCAGUAUAAGAUGCUGUGCAGCUCGCGACACCUCGCGGAAGCCUCCCCAUACUUCUAUGCUCUGUUCGAGCCCAACUUCGAAGAGGGCAUCCGGUUCAGAGAGACCGGCCAUUUGACCCUUACUUACGACGACGUCAAUCCUGCAGCGUUCUACACGGUCAUGCAGGCUGUCCACGGUAGGUGGGCCAAUAUGCCGAGCGGCGGUAUCGAAAUGGCCUUGCUCAAGGAUAUUGCCCAGGUGGUUGACAAGUUCCAUCUGUUCAGGCCCGUGAUGCCGGUUGUUACCACCUGGGUGGAGAACAUGUGGCCCGGCGACCCGGAGCCGUCCGAUGCGCAGGUCAUCGACUGGAUGCUGUACAUCAUGUGGGUCUUCAACGUGCGCGACGGCUUCAAGGAAGCCACGGGCACGCUGAUCAUGCGACAUCCGCACAUGGUCCCGCCUCCCGACGCCGUGCUGCCGCUUCCGAUCUACGAGAAGAUCAACGUGGCUAGAAGCAACAUGUUGCGCGAAAUGCGCGUGGCGCUGCGGGACGAGAUCCAACGCGUCCGAGGCUUCUGUAACCUGGCCGAUCCCAACGGCGACCAGCGCACCCUAAUGUGGCGGAAGAUCCUGCGCCUCGCGCGGUAUCCGCUGUGCACUGAAAUGUCCCCUUCGAAACUCCUGCGACUGGUCCACCAGGGCAAGGAAUGCGUCCAACGAACUUAUGACCGGUUGCACCUCGUGGAUAAACCAACACCACGGGCCUGCUCGUCGUAUGGAGAUCGGCUGGUGGAGACAUUGGAGCAGGCUGUCGCAGAUCCAGGACUGACGCUCGGUGACACCCGCCUAGAUUCGGCCUGGAAUCACCACUGGCCUUGGAAUGCCCCUGCCGUGGAUUUUGAUCACGUCGGCUGGCCUUACGAGAUUGAUGGCUAUGACGUUAACAAUUGGGACUUCGAAGAUCUGAGAGAUAUGGAGAUGGGCAGACAUUGGGUGGAACCACACUUUGAAGAGUAGUUUGCAUGUACGGAGUAAGUAGCCUGGGAUGUCCAAACGGAUAGACCCUUAUCGAUGAUAUUAUUGUAUGCCGAUUUCCCCGCACUCACGUGCCUCCAGUUUGUAAUCAUAGUAGUUGAACAAUGUCAACUUCGUCAACUUCGUCAUCUUUCCAACCUUUCUUCCUUCCUCUUCUGCAUUCGAAACAUAUUCCGACAAGAGAACCAACCCAACCCAUUAUGCCUGUCGCAAAGGCUAU